AUGAGAUUUCUGUACACUCUCGUGGCGCUUUUGGUCGGCCAGGCUGCGGUGGCAAUACCUAUUACCCAUGCUGGGAUGGACCUGAUUAACCACAGCGUCAAUCCUCAGUACGAUGUAGUCGCUGCUUUGGAUUCGCGCGAGCUGGAGAAGCGUACCACCUGCCAAACUGUCAAUCAUGUCAUCCGAACCAUUGGAACUAGCAGAAAUCUCGUAACAUUCUAUACCCUGGCAACGAUUCUUGCACGACAAGUAUGCGAAUACGUCAAUGGUUACAAAUGCCUCGAACUGUCAAAUAUUAUUGUACUGGCCCUCAACCUCAUCUAUUCCGCUGCGUCUCACUACUCCGGUGCUCAGGCGGAGAUCCUCUCAGGCGCUCGGAAACGAAACUAUGGCGAUAUACACACUGGCUACGUGGACCGGUGGACGAAUGUGAUCGGCAGCAACGGCAAUAACUUGACAUAUGACGCCAUCUCGAGUCUGUCAUUGAUAGCGGAGAAGAAAUCCUUCAACGACGAGACGGCGACCCGGGCUUGCCCUAAUACCAAGCAGGACAUCAUCGUUAACCACUUUGCUGAUGGUAACACGUUGUUGCAUUUGCCAAUCGGUGAGAGCUCCACUGACAAUCGAGGUAAACGUGUGCCUCCAGGCUCAGGCUUCAAAAUAUCCUAUACUACAAGGUCCAAAUCCAGGCUCUCAUACUCUAAGCAGCAGGAAAUGUCAGGCUUUAUUGCUGCCGCAUGGGCAGCCGCAAGCGAGGCGUAUGACAUGACUGAUUUCAUUGGCCUUGCUCAAGACGGUUAUAAUGUCAACUUUUACUAUCGAGUUAUUCCUGAAGUUCGAGGCUUUGGGCUCAAUUACGAAUCUGUGGAUAUAUGUGGAGGAAUGGGUGAUUUUCUAUUCGGAAAGGCUUAG